AACGUUUAUAAAAAUCAUAACUAUUAAAACGAACAAAUCAAAACCCCCCAUAUUACGACUAUAUGAAGUCAAGUUCCACAUGAAUUCCGAUUUUAAGUUUUAACAUUCCAAAUCACCAUAUUCGACUCCCUCAAAAAUAUAUUCAUAGAAAAAUAAAACAGCCUCCGACCACCACAAACCACCGCACUCCUCUACCACCACGUCAUCAUCGUAUUCACCAAACAGAAGCAGCAGCAAUGGAUCAAUCUACCAAAGCUGGAAUCCCUAUUGCCCUUUGCACUGUAUUGCUUAUAUCCAUAUCUUUUAUCUACAUUCUAUCAGAGAAAAACACAUCGGUUUCCAUAACACAAAAGGUUUCUCCUUCCAAACCCUCAUCAUCCAUGCGUAAGACCUCGACGUAUAGAGAUGAAUUAGAAGCAGCAUUGCGGGGAGCUUCCAUGGCGAAUAAAACCGUUAUCAUAGCCAUUGUGAACAAAGCCUACACUGAAGGCGAUAAACCGAUGCUAGAUAUAUUUCUAGAUGGGUUUUGGCUUGGAGAAGAUACACGAUCUUUAACGAACCACCUUCUGAUCGUGGCAGUUGAUCAGACGGCGUUUGACCGAUGCAAGUUUCUUAGAUUACACUGUUACAGACUGAAGACCGACGGCGAGGAUUUCGUCGGAGAGAAGGUUUACAUGUCGGAGGAAUUCAUAAAGAUGAUGUGGCAAAGAACCCGUUUCCUCGGAGAUGUUCUCCGGCGUGGAUAUAACUUUGUUUUUACGGACACAGAUGUAUUAUGGCUGAGAAAUCCAUUUCCACACCUAACUCUGAAUUACGAAACUGCUGACCUUCAGAUCAGUGUGGACCAGUUUAACGGCAAUCAGUGGUCACAGAAAAACCCCAUAAACACUGGUUUCUACAUGAUCCGAUCCAACAACAAGACCAUCGCUUUGUUCGAUAAAUGGUAUGGAGAAAGAAACAAAUCACCUGGGAAAAAGGAACAAGAUGUUCUUAUUGAGUUAAUGAAGAAAGGAAGUUUUAAAAGGUUGGGAAUUAGGGUUAGGUUUUUGGACACCCUUUAUUUCAGUGGAUUUUGUCAAGAUAGUAGAGAUGUUAAGAUCGUUUCCACCUUUCAUGCCAAUUGUUGCCGGAGAAUCAAAGCCAAAGUCUCCGAUUUAACUGCUGUUAUUCAUGAUUGGAAGAGAUUUAAAGACCCCUCACCUUCACCCUUAGCCAAUAAAACCAUGGAGGAAUUUAGAUGGUCCAGUCAUUCAGCUUGCGAAAAAUCAUGGAUUUCAUAACUUCCACUAAUUUGAUGGUAAGAUCGAUGAUCCCAUAUAUGAUGGGGUUGUUUGUUAUCUCCUGCGAAAUGAGUUGUAAAUUAUUGUUUUCAUACUCCAGAUUGUUUAAAUGUGUUACGAUUAUUUUGUUCAAAUCAUGUACGUAUCAGUGAAAUAAAACCAGAAGGUAUAAUUUUCGAGUCUU